AUGUAUGGACCAACAACAGGAAGAUUAAAUAUCUACACAAGAACAGCAGAUGGUGGUCAGCUAACUUUAAAAUGGACCAAGUCAGGAAAUGUUGGUGACUUCUUUGAACGUGUUGAUCUCCAGCUGCUAGAACCAGCCGCUUUCCAGGUUGUCAUAGAAGCUACAGUUGGAAAUGGUUACCAAGGUGAUAUAGCUAUAGAUGAUGUCUCAUUCACUAGAGCUUGUCAGAUGUCAGGAGGAGGUUUAGUAACGUCAUCACAGAUACCAUCUACAACACCUAAUCCUUGUACAACCUCCCAGUUUAAGUGUUCAAAUGGUAACUGUAUAUCAGCAAACCUGGUGUGUGAUUUUGUACCACAUUGUAAUGAUGGAACUGAUGAACUCAACUGUGGUAAUCUUCGAGUACUGAUAUCAAAUUACAAGAAUAAACGUGAUUACUCAAGAUUAUUUGGUAUAACAGGAGAUCAAGGAAAUAACUGGAAAACUAUGACAGUUGAUUUAGGAUUCCAUAAUCCAGGUUAUCAGGUUAUAAUUGAAGGGGUUGUAGGUGUUAGUUGGCAAGGCGAUAUAGCUUUAGAUGAUUUUGCUGUAUUUGACGGUGCUUGUGCCCCAUCUAAAAUAUGUGAUUUUGAGGUUGAUUUCUGUGGCUAUAAAAAUGAUGUUAAUACUAACUAUGAUUGGGCCAGAAAUCGUAAUGGAUCAACACGUGCUGGUAAUGGACCACAAAUAGAUCAUACUACUGGUAAUGAUGAAGGUUACUAUCUUUAUGUCGAACGAUCACCUACUGUAAGUUCAGGAAAUACUGCUAGAGUUACUAGCCCAAUGUUACAGGGUAUGCCACAGAAAGAAUGUCUUAAGUUCUGGUAUCAUCUGCAUGGUUCAGUAGGCAAUGUUCUAAAUGUUUAUGUUAAAGUAGGAGGAUUGAUGAAUUCCCCAGCAUUGAGUUUUUCAGGUGAACAAGGAGAUAUGUGGCUGGGUGGAUUUCUAACAAUAUCUCAACAAAGCUCUUAUCAGAUUGUAUUUGAAGGAUUAAGGUAUGCAUCUGGUGGAGGAGAUAUAGCAAUUGAUGAUAUAGUUAUUGUACCAGGAGCAUGUCCACCAAUAGGAAGCUGUAAUUUUGAAUACGAUAUGUGUGGUUUUGUUAAUGGACAAACUAAGAAUGAUGUAUUUGAUUGGGAACGAUCUGCUGGAGGAACAUUGACCACUGCAACCGGACCCAGUGUGGAUCAUACAACUGGCACAGAUCAUGGUUUUUAUGUGUAUGCUGAAGCUUCUGGCAGAAAUGCUAAAGACAGGGCCUGGCUGUUCAGCCCUUAUUUACAUCCAACUACUCAAUCGUGUAUAUCUUUCUGGUAUAUCAUGUAUGGAAGAGAUGUUGGUACACUGAGAUUGUACAUGCCAACACCGAAAGGUACACCUUUGUUAUGGAAUAAAACUGGAGAUCAAGGUUACAUAUGGAUGUAUGCCCAGGUACAAGUCAACAGUACAUCAGGAUUCCAGUUUACAUUUGAUGCUGAGAUAGGAAAUGGUUUCCGUGGUGAUAUGGCUAUAGAUGAUAUUAGUUAUUAUAAGGGUAUUUGUACACAAGUGGUUACAACAACACCUGUACCAACACAAAAUACAGUCACAUAUCCUCCUACAAACCUUGAUUGUACUUUUGAUCAAAAUAAUAUCUGCCAUUGGACACAAGAUAAGACAGAUGUGUUUGAUUGGACACUUCAACAUCACGCUACUGUCUCGUUUAAUACUGGUCCUACUGCUGAUCAUACUCUACAGAAUAAUAAAGGUUAUUAUAUUUACACCGAAUCAUCUCAGAGACAAGCCAAUGAUACAGCUCGUAUUAUAAGUCCAGAUUUACCAAUUGAUACUUCUGGUCAGUGUCUUAUGUUCUGGUAUCACAUGUACGGAUCAAAAAUUGGACAGAUAAAUAUUUACGGCAAGCAAGAUGUCUGUGACUUUGAAGGAAGUGAUAUCUGUGGUUACCAGCAGGAUACUAAUGAUGAUUUUGAUUGGACAAGAAACCAUGGUACAACUAAAUCAACAGGGACUGGACCAAGCUCAGAUCAUACAUAUGGAACUCCAAAUGGUUAUUACAUGUUCAUUGAGGCAUCAUUACCACAGAAAUCUGGAGACAUAGCUCGACUCAUCAUACCACAACUACCUAAAACAGAUGGUUCAUGCUUACAGUUUUAUUAUCAUAUGAAUGGUCUUAACAUCGGAACACUGAGUGUCUACAGUCGCCAGUACAAAAGCCAAGCCAAAUUGUGGAGUCGAUCAGGGAAUCAAGGCAAUAGAUGGAGGGCAAUUAAAAUUGACAUCCAUACUUUCACAGCAUAUGAUAUUAUUUUUGAAGGUGUAAUAGGAAGAUCAUUUCAGAGUGAUAUUGCUAUUGAUGAUGUACAGAUAUUACCCAAUCCCUGUCCUCCUCCUGGAACUUGUGAUUUUGAAUCUGGCGUAUGUGGAUGGUCAAAUCACAAGGAUCAUGAUGAUUUUGAUUGGUUGCGAAAUAAAGGUAGCACCGCUACUCCUGGCACUGGUCCAAAAACAGAUCACACUCUAUUAAAUAGUAAUGGUUACUACAUCUAUAUUGAGUCAUCCAAACAACAACCAGGUGAUAAAGCUCAGUUAGAAUCAGAAGUACUGCUUUUGCCUUACGGAGGAUGUCUUUCCUUUUGGUACCACAUGUAUGGAAGUAGCAUUGGAAGUCUUAACGUGUAUGUUAAUCUGCUGAACACAUCUGCAACAGCACCACCAAACAGAAUAUUUUAUCGCGAUGGUACAAAUGUAAAUAAAUGGCAGUAUGCAUCUCUGUUCAUCCCUGCAUCUGGAGAAUUCACCCUUAUAUUAGAGGGUGUUGUUGGAAGUGACUUCCAUAGUGAUAUUGCUGUUGAUGAUAUUAUAGUGGCACCAGGACAAUGUGCAAACAUAACUCCUGUGGAUGCUCCUUAUAAAUGUGCUAAUGGUGAUUCCAUCUUUUUGUCUCAGGUGUGUGAUUUCUCUCAAGACUGCAAAGAUGGUUCCGAUGAAAAAUAUUGUGGCAAUUGUGAUUUUGAGAAAGAUCAGUGCAAGUGGACGGAUCAGAGUAAAGGAAGCUCUUCAUGGUACCGAGGACAGAAUGGUUCAAUAAGCAGCAUUGAUGGACCUGGUAUCGAUCAUACCUUCGGAAACCAAACUGGAUACUAUAUGUUUACGAGUUACUAUAAUGCGCAGUCUGUUUCAUUAGGGAUCCUGCAGAGUCCAAGAUUACAGAAUUCCUUCUCAACUUGUCAGAUCCAGUUUUAUUAUUUUGUUAAUACAUACAGACCGUCAUUUGAAGUGAACAUUCAGCAAGGUACCAGGAUAACCAAUAUUUUGAGACUUAACAGCCAGCGUUCACCUGUUUGGCUCAAAGGUGUUGCAGAUAUUGGCAGAAUAUCCGGAGAGUUUUAUGUUCUGUUCCAAGGUAAAUAUGGAAUAGCAAUAGAUGAUAUUCAACUUAUUAACUGUGCACUGCCACCAAAACAGUUAUCAUGUCCCAGCAACCUUUUCACUUGCGAUCGUGGUUCCUGUGUUUCGAGAAGCCAACUUUGUGAUUUUACUGAUGAUUGUGGGGAUCGAAGUGAUGAAUCAGAUGCUGUAUGUGGUUCGGCACUGGCCUGUACAUUUGAAAAAUCUUCUUGCUUUUGGCAACAAAGUAAAGUUGAUACUAAAAAUUUUGAUUGGCUAAGACACCAUGGACCAACAACAUCCCGAUUAACAGGUCCAUCUCUUGAUCAUACAACUAAACUUAGCACAGGUUUCUUCAUGUACAUUGAGGCAUCAAGUCCUAGAAAAAGAGGAGAUAAAGCACAGAUACUGAGUCCUGUUUUAUCACCGACAUCUGCAUCUGAUAACUGUUACUUCACUUUAUAUUAUCACAUGUAUGGAUCAGGAACUGGAAAUCUUUCUGUAAGCACUUGGAACCAAAUUGGAGGUCUACAACAGCAAUUAUGGAAGAAACAAGGCAAUAAUGGGGAUUUCUGGGAACGUAAAACUUUGUCCUUGAUCAGCAAUGUUGACUAUCAGGUGGUAAUAGAGGGUACAGUAGGAUCAUACAAUGGGGAUAUAGCUAUUGAUGAUACCGUUUUUUCCCCAGGAUGUAAAGUAACUGGUGUGACUCUUGCCUCGGCUAUAACUCCACCUCCAACAACAGCAGCUACCACUAACUCCUGUCCAACAAACCAGUUCCAGUGUAAAGAUGGCAGCGCUUGUUUGCCAAUGGCUUAUGUGUGUGACUUUAAUCCUGAAUGUGAUGACAGCUCUGACGAGCACAUGUGUGGUCCGUGUGAUUUUGAAACAGAUUUAUGUGGAUGGAGUGAUGCCAGCUCCGGAAAAUAUAACUUUACUUACAUGCAAGCUAAUCCUACAACAAUUAAAGUUGAUCAUACAACAGCACAACAGAGUGGACAUUAUGUUGCUGUUAAAAAUUCUGAUGGAGUGUACUACACCCCAGCUAUACUCAACAGUCCUCCCAUGCCCCAAGCCUCCAAAUAUUGUACUAUGUAUUUCUAUUAUUAUAAAGUUGGAACAGUUUCAGGAACUCUAUCUGUAUCUGUUAAUUAUAAUCAAACAUCCAAAACAAUAUGGUCAAAUCGAUACUAUAGAAAUGGCAUUUGGGAACAAAUGUUUGCAGUUCUACUAUCAUAUGUAUGGCACAACAAUAGGAUCUUUAGGAGUGUACAGACUUGA